AUGGAGAAGGUACGUGAGAAAAAUCAAGAAUUACUCUUGAUAUUCGUUGAUCUUACUAAGGACUUCGACACUUUUAACCGACAAAUACAAUGGAAAGUUCUGAAAAAUCUUGGUAUACCUGACAAGAUGUUGAAUGUUAUCGUAUAUCAUGAUGGAAUGAAGGCUGCUGUCGUGUCUGGUGGGGAAUCUUCGGCUUCCUUCGACGUUAGAAAUGGCACAAAGCAAGGUUGUGCUAUAGACCCUAUUUUGUUUGCACUCUUUUGGUAUGUUGUUGGCGACGUACAAAGUAGUGUCAAAUUCCAGUUUCGAACAAGUGGUGGACUGUUCAAUUAUCAGCGUUUCAAAACCAGAACACUGCCAUGUACCAGUAUAAUUUGGGAUCUACUUUUUUCAGCUGAUGCAGCACUAAUAGCGACCUCUUUAGCGGAAGUUCGGAAACUUUUAGACCGGUUUUCUGCUGCAUGUAUAGCCUUUGGUUUGACUAUCAGCACAAAGAAGACAGAAGUUAUCCAUCAAAAUUGCCUUACUCCUAAACAAAUUCGUUGUGUCAUGCGGAUGACACCGGAUGACAAUUUGCCUGACACUCCUAUACAGGUUGAUGGGAAAAGCCUACAUUAUUUGAAGUCAUGUACAUAUCUUGGUAGUAAAGUGAAUUUGAAUGCUUUCCUUGAUGGAUGA